AUGGCGGAAUCGAUACUCCUAGGCUUCACACAGAGCUUAUUGGAUAAGGUAGCCUCCCGGGUUGCUAAAGAAGUUGCCUUGGCUUGGGGCGUCAAAGAUGAGCUCCGUAAACUGCAAAGAACUCUCGUCUCUAUUAGAGCGGUCAUUGCACAUGCCAAGCAACAACAGUCCCAUGAGCACAAGCUAAGAGUCCGGCUAGAGGAUCUUAAAGAUGUCUUGUAUGACUCCGAAAAUGUUCUGGAUGAAUUUGAGUGUGAAGCACAGCGAAAGCAAGUCAUUAAGCAUGGAAACCUGCUCGGAAAGACACACCACUUCUUUUCUUACUCCAGUCCACUUGCCUUCCGUCUUAAGAUGGUCCAUAAGAUCAAGGAGACAAGGAAGAGAUUAAACAAGAUUACAGCCGAGAAGGAUGCCUUCAAUCUUAAUCAGCAGACCAACUUUAGCAGCGGUUCUCAUAGCAUAUGGCGCGAAACCCAUUCACGUGUUAAUGUGUUAGAAAUCAUUGGACGAGACCGGGACAAGGAUGUGAUUGUCAAGCGCCUACUCUGCCUUGAUGCAAACAAGAACCCCUUCAUUGUUUUGAUUGUCAGAAUUGGAGGGAUGGGGAAGACUGCCCUAGCCAAGUUGGUGUACAAUGAUGAUAGGGUAAAACUUCAUUUUGAUUCGAGAAUUUGGGUGUGUGUAUCUGAAGAAUUCAAUCUGAAGAUUAUAUUGCAAAAGAUUGUCAAGUCAGCAGCUCAGGAGCCAACAACCAUUCAGAGCAUUCAUCUUUUGGAGCUAGAGCAGCUGCAAGCAAAAUUGCAAGAACUCUUGCAAGACAAGAAAUUUUUGCAUGUAUUGGAUGAUGUAUGGAGCAAUAAUUGGGGUCAAUGGCUUGAGUUGAGGGAUCUCCUUACAGGUGGCACUACAGGUAGCAGUAUAAUCAUGACAACUCGCAGCUCAAAAGUUACAUAUGCUGAGGGCUCUUAUUAUGAUCACGAGUUAAAAGGAUUUCGCAAGGUGAUAGAAUCUCAGUAUUCAAGAAGGUUUUAG